CAAUAUUGUAUAAGACAUGCAUACAUCCUUCCUGCUUCGUCGCUAAUAUGACAAGAAAAAUGGGGAAAAAAAAUCAAAUAAAAAAAAAUCAAUACUUCAACCAUGCUCCUAUAAAUCUUGCGCGUUACGGCGUAGGAUGCUGAUCGAUAACUGUAAAAUACUUUAUUUCAGCAAGUUGUAUUUAAAAUAAAACCAUUCUUUUCCAAUGGUUAAUAAAUAAAAGACCUCUAUCUAACAUGAGUUCUUUGCUUUAAAAAUAAUACCGUUUUUUAACCCACUAAUAAUAGCUGCGGCGAAACAUUACACGCUAGUAGAGCUGUAUACAGUGUGUUGAUCGUCAGAAUACAGCGUGCUUGUGGGGAUCCGGGGUAGGAGUAAAAAUGCCGAAAUCAAAGAAUUUGGACGAAAAAGAUGCCGAGUUGAUGCAUCCAUUGAACGACGAUGGCGUCGUUAUUGAAAUGGAAAGUCUAAGACCGGCAUGGGGAAGCAAAUUUCAGUAUUUUGGAAUGGUAAUAUCCACUGCCGUUGGACUUGGAAAUGUUUGGAGAUUCCCGUAUCUAUGUCAGAAGCAUGGAGGAGGUGCUUUCCUUAUUCCCUACCUCAUCAUGUUGUUCGUGGAAGGCAUGCCAUUGCUGUAUCUGGAGUUUGCAGCAGGACAGCAUUUCCGCAAAGGCAGCAUGGGCACCUGGAACCUGGUCCACCCCUUGUUGGGAGGGGUGGGGAUUGCCAGUGCGGUGACCUCCUUUAUUGUGGGGGUGUACUAUAACGCCAUUAUCAUGUGGUGCCUUUUCUACCUGGUGCAUUCCUUUACUGGGAUGCUUCCCUGGUCCUCCUGUCCCAUGGAGACACAGGGUAAUCUAACGGUGCCAUUACUGGAGUGUGAUGUCAGUGGACCUACUUCGUAUUUCUGGUACCGGAAUGCUCUGGAGAUCUCCACAAGCAUUGAGGACACCCAGGGGGUGAAAUGGAAGAUGCUUCUGUGUCUGAUCUUUGCUUGGGGUGUGGUGUAUGCUUGUAUCUGGAAGGGAAUCAAGUCUUCUGGCAAGGUUGUAUACAUUACGGCAUCUUUCCCCUACAUUGUGCUGUUUAUCUUUUUGGGGCGUGGCGUCACAUUGAGGGGUGCUGGAGAUGGCCUGGCUCACAUGUUUACACCGAAGCUGGAGCGCCUACAAGACCCCCAAGUCUGGCUGGACGCGGCCACCCAGAUCUUCUACUCCUUCGGUCUGGGCUUUGGAGGCAUGAUCGGCUUCUCCAGCUAUAAUCCUAAAAAGAACAACUGCGAGAAGGAUGCCAUCAUCGUGUCCAUCGUCAACUGGUUCACUGCCAUUCUGGCCUCCGUGGUCAUCUUCUCUGUCCUGGGGUUCAAGGCCACAGUGAUGUAUGAGAAAUGUAUCUUUAGAAAUAUUGGCACCAUUACAUCCAAUAACAUGUUUCCACAGUGGAAUGCUACUACACUGACUGAGGAUGUUUAUCUUCGUGAAUUCCAUUCUAAUCGAGACCUUAUUAAAAGCUUGAAUCUCACAUAUUGUAGUUUGGAGGAGGAUUUAGAUAAUGCAGCCCAAGGAACAGGCCUGGCCUUCAUUGUAUUCACAGAGGCUGUGAAUGAGUUUGGAUCCUCUGCUCCUUUCUGGUCCAUCAUCUUCUUCCUCAUGCUUCUCUCCCUUGGUUUUGGCAGUGAAUUCGGAACACUAGAGGGCGUUACGGCCUCACUGUAUGAUUUGAAACACUCGAUCUUCACGAGGAAGUGGCUGGUCUCAGGCACACUGUGUUUGGUGAGUAUGCUGAUUGGGCUGCUGUUUGUUUUGGGGAGCGGAUCGUACUGGGUGGACCUGUUUGACUCCUAUGGAGGUUCCUUUCCCCUCAUUACAAUAGCCCUGGUGGAGAGCUUUGGCAUUGGCUGGGUGUACGGCGUGGAUAGGUUUUCUCAGGACAUCAAGGAAAUGAUUGGCCAUGAGCCACAUCGAUACUGGAAGAUUAUGUGGAAAUUUGUGGCCCCCGUCUUCAUUGCCAUCCUGUUGGGAGCCACCCUGGUCAGCAAAUUCCUCAAACCUAUCACCUACAAUGUGUACAGUUAUACUGAGUUUAAAAUGGUGGCCGCUGGAUACCCCUGGUGGGCCGGAGCCAUUGCUGCUUUCCUCGUCCUGUCCUCUGUCCUGUGCAUUCCAGGUGUGGCCCUCUUAAGAAAACUCGGUUACUUCAAGUUUGAAGGACCUACAGCCAAGAACAUCAUUGUAGAAACCGGUGGCCAUACCCAGUCGACGGCAGCGUUCUUAAAAUCUGACAAUGACUCGGGUCACAACUCGGACGACAUUAACGACGAGUACAUUACGUCAGAACGAGACACAAGUUGUGCCAUACCCGAGAGGCCAGAGCGGGUGAAAUUUGAUGACCUUAUGCAGAAUGCUGAAAGCAAGCUGUAAGGAUAGAGGAUAGAGCAUUCAAGUUCCCUACAUUUUGGUUUUUAAAAAAAAUGCAUUUCAGGAAUUUUACCCGUUGUUUUGAAGUAUAUCCAAGAGUGUUGUUUUAUGCUUGUUUUUGUUACAUCAGUGUUUUAAAAUUGAGUGGGUAAUUUUUUGUUUUACAUGUGUUAUUAUGAAAAAGAAGUCAUGUAGGUUUUAUUUUCAUUUCUUAACUUGUGCUUUUUAAAAAAUCAAUAAUUAACAAACAAUCUGUCUAUAACAUUGCAUUGUGAUCUGGGUGGGUGUUGAUGUGGGAGGGAGAUAAAAUUUCAGGAGGAUGGAAACACAGAGCAGUGAGAAAUUCCUCACCUCAAUUAAUGAUACAUUAUAUAUGUAUUUAUCACAUCACAAGCUACUUUUGUUAGUGUUCAUGUUGUGAUGUGGUGGUAACUUGAUUCAGGGAUUGAAAUCAGAGAUAAGCUUCCAUCCAAAUCCGCUCUUGAUUGAGACUUAAACAAUAAUCUGUUGAGAGCAUAACAAACCACCUGACUAAAUCUGUUUUGAAAAAUCUAUUCCUAGAUUACAGUAGAUCUUUCAAAUUUUGUAAUCCAAGCAUGAUGUGCAUUUUUUUUUCAGAUUCAAACAGCUGUUUGAGUACUUUCAAAGUUGCCAGCUAAUCUUGCACAUAUUAUUCCUCACUCGCUAGUACAUGUACAUGUUGUGUACGCUCUGUGUCUCUGAUGGUGUUUACUGAAAUUUUUUUGGCUGUUAAAUUAAAGCCUCAACUAAAUCUUUUGUUUAAAAAGUUCUGUUUAGAAGAUUUUGGACAAAUUUCAAUGAAUGAUGCUCACAUUGGAUUAUUAUAAUAGUGUUAUUUGUAUGAGAUUAUGAGUUUUGAAUGUAGAUCUUCUUGUAAAUUAUAUUUGAUAUAAUAUUAAUGAAAAGCUUGGGAAAAUCUAGUCACACUUGGAGGACCCUGUACUUGAAUAUGAUCAAUGAUUUAUUUACAAGAUUAAUACUAGUGGACAGUCUUAUUAAUCAUUGUAUAAAAUCUGCAUGCAGCAAUAUAUAAGUGCUCUUUUGCUAAUAAUGAACAAGAAAAUCAAAUUUUGAUGUACAUGUAUGUGUGUAUCAAAAGUCAGAAUCAAUGUAAAUGAUCAAUAUUUAUAAAUAUUCAUUCUUUAAAUAUUACCUCGCCAUGACAAAACACUAAGUGCCAAUAGUACAUGUAGUUUCCCAUGUUUGUUGUAUUGGACAAUGCAUUGCACACAAAACUGUGCUCCAAUUCAAACAGGGGCAUUUUAAGAGAUAGAUGAAUCAAGUGUGAUCCAAAAAUUUACUGUCAUAAUUACCAAAUGUUUAUUGGGUAUUUUAGUUAUAUUUAUUGUAUUGUGUUGCUUUUUUUGUUACCUAUACUGCCCUCUCAUAGUAUAGAGGUCAAUGAAAAAGUGCUAUGCCGGGGUUUUAUCUCUUUUUGGAAUUUUUUUCAACUGAUUAAUGAAAUGAAUAUUUGUAUUUUCAAAGCCAGUCAGUGCUUUUCUAAACAAGUGUUAGAAUUUUUUUUUUUUCAAAAUUAUUUGACCUUUAGUGUUGAGUCAAAUACCUGAAUAAAAAGCUUAUGUUCAAAAAGGGAAUAUUUGCUUUAAUUUAAUAUGUUAAUUACCAGCUGCAUAGCUUGGAACAAUGAAAUAUGCUUCAAGCAGAACUUCAAAAGUGCUGAUAAAUCAUUUAUUUCAAGUGGGCUCCAUAGCCUGUAAUAGUCACUUUCAAUACCAUAUUUUUUGAGUGUUGCUUGUGUGUAUUUAUUUUUAAUCAUUGCUCCCCCUUUUAUUGUUUUUCCUAUAUAUACAUUUGUUUGAUGUCUUUUGGCUUCUGCCAUUUUUUGCCUUUAUGUCUGUGUUUUUAUUCAUCUACUGUGUGGCUUAAAUUGCUUUACAUUAUUUUAAAAUUACAGAAUCAAAAAAGUUAUUUCAAAAUACUAAUUAGAAUACAUUUACAUCUUUUUUUUGUAUUUCACUCAAUGCUUUAUUGAAUUUUUAUAACAAAAUUUUAGUAUAUACAUGUAGUUUUAAAAAAGAGAAUUUUUUUUUUUGAUUUGAUCUAUUAAAGUACUAGUAAUCCCCCUUCCCAAAAUUGAACUACAGUAUUCAAUUUACCCUUGCAGGUCUUAAAGGGUUAGCGUAUGGAUGCAUACAGGUGUAAAGAUGUAUACCUGUUUGUGUGUGAUGACAGCUUGGUUAAAAAGGUUUUAUAUCCGUCCAAGUCAACGGGUGUCUGAAAUAAAUCUCUUGUUUUUCGGGGAAUACCAUUACUUGUACCAGUAUGAUGGAGUGUCUUGUUUUUCGGGGAAUACGAUUACCAGUAUGUUGAGAUAUCAUGACAGUGUUGGUGUAAUGUAAUAUUAUCAGCAUUAUAUAUAAAUGUUUUGUUUGAUGUGCUGCUAUUUGUUAUUGUUAUUGUUUAAUCAUUAAAGGGUUCUUUGUAGAAAUGAAAAUUUCAAUUUAGCCUUUUAAUCAUUACGUCAUUGAAAAUUUCAACCAUUUUGCAUUUGUUACACUUGGACCGUUUUCAGGAGCACCCUUUCUUAGUUUGGCUUGUAGAUUGGUAAUUAAAAUCUUUCAUUAGAAGAACGAAGAUAAGGAAAAAAGCUGGAAGGUCAGCUUCACAUUUUAUGUGUAUGUGUGUCUAUAACCUCAAAUGCUCAUUGUUUCUCUAUGUGUUUCAUGAGAUAGAAAUCUCAGUUUUACAGGAACUCUGGUAAUUUAAAAGUAGUUGGACAUAAGAAUCUCUCUACACAUGUGUCUGCAUGCAUAAUUUUUUUCAAAUUUUGUGUCAAAGGAACUUAUUUUGCUUUAUUUACCAACCCAAGUUGAAUCUCACAAUGGUAUAAAUGUGUGAUACAUUCUUGUAUUUUCUAUACAAGUUUAAUUGUGAUAUAUAAAGUGCUCCCAAUUUCAAAUUUAUUUAUAAGUGCUUAGUAUACAUGUAUUAUUUAAUAAAUGAAUCUCAAAACUGUGUAUGCACCUACAGAAUCUCUCUCGAAAAAAAAAUUGUACCGGUCGGUACUUAUAGCACAGCUUACUUUAAAAAGUAAUUUUUAUUUUUAUCAUUGUUUAUUCCCACAAAAGCAGGAUUGUAACUGCAAGAACAGUUUGUGUGUGUUACUGAUUUUAAUGACAAAUUAUGAAACUUCAAUAACAGCAAAAUUGUGUUGCCCCUUUUAACAUGGUAAGCUAUCAGUUUUAUGAUAGUACUUUUAAUUUUGUUUUUAAAAAAAAAAAUGUUUGCAUGCAUACAAGUUUUUUUUCACUGCAUGUGCACACAAACACACAAAAAGUUUAAAUUUUAAGGAUAAACAGAUCUAUGGAAAUUUUUUACCUUAACAAAGGGCACUUACAUUGUUAUUUUAAGUUGCAUCAUCAAAAACCAACGGCCACUUACCUACACUUACUUACAAUAAGCCAAAUCUCUGAAUUUUCUGUUGUUUUUAGGAAUUCUGAUUGGCUCUUUUAAACUUUUGAGAUGGUAAUUUCAGCCUUUGUUAUAAUCAAUAUAAGAAACAAUGUAGCAUAUGUUUUAGUGAAAUGAUCUCUGUUUGGUUACCACCAAAAAGCUUAAAGAUUUGCUUUCUUGUUGUUUGAUUAUAAUGAGUAUUUAUGAUAUGGAGGAAUUUUAGUGCAUUGGCACUGUGGUCAUUGUGCACAUGCGAGACUGUCUUUUUGAUGCAAACUUUCCUUCUCAUGAGAGUUAACCAUUGAAAUGCAUAUACCUCAUUGCAGUUUUUACAGACAUUUUAAUUUUUUUAAGAGAAUACUUUUAAAUUAUUAUUCUCAUUAUUUUGAUGCUUUUAAUAAUUAAGAAGAUUUAUUUUACUUUAAAUUGUAAAAUAAUGGUGAUUUUUAAAAAACACUUAAUGGAGUAUGUUAAUUAUUUUAUUGUACCGUACAGUAUUGUAUUUUUGACACUUUAAUUAACUUAACGCUUGCUAUGAUUUUUCUUAUUCAUGUACAUUUUAAAUUAUAUAAUUGUAAAUGCUUUGAGAAACUUUUCAACAUUGGAAGCAUGAAAAGUUUGUGUGCAAGUACAAUUUGUUUUUGAAAAAAUAAAAAGCUGAAGAUAUGGUGUGGAGCUGGCAUUGAAUUGUAUUGUUUUUGACAAUUUUAUAUAGUGAGCAAUUGAAUUUGGAGCUUAUUGGAGCUUAUAUAGUGUAAAAAUACAGACUUCAUUGCAUAUUUAGACUUUUUUCCCAGAAAAACUACUAGUAGCAAAAAAAGAGAGGUUAGCAGAAAAAGCUUUUUUAAAAAUCCAGGAGCUUUCAUUUUAUUUUUUGUCACAAAACUCUUAAUGCAAAUGGAAUUCUAGCUGCAUAAAAAGAAAAUUUGCUUGCAUGUGCUCACAUUUGUCUUUUCACAAUCAUUCAAUACAUAUUGGUAUGAAUCAUCAAUCUUGUACAAAUAAUCUAAUGGUAAAACCAGUACAUCUACAUGUAUAUGUAUGUAGAUGAAAUUGGUAAAACAAGCAUUUAAUUUCUGGUUUAGUUUAUUGUUUUAGAGAAUGUAUUCCCAUAACUUACCUAAAUAUUUCACAGGCCGCCUUUUGUUUCAUCUCAUGAUUCAUGUUAUAGAAGAAAUAAUAGUAGACAAGAAAUUUUGCAGUGUUAGUCAUAAACUGUUGUUUUCUUGUUGCUUAUAAACAUUAGGUUUUUAUUUCAUUAGAACUUCAAGAUUUUAAAGUGCUAUGGGGGCAAUUUCUUUUCGAAAUACAUGGUUCAUGUACUACUGGGGUUACUACCGGGUAUGCACAUUGAAUAAGUUUUUGCAACUUUGACAGCUGCAGAAUUGUAAAUAUGUUUGAUAGAUUCAUGUAUAUAUAAAAUGUUACACUGAUUCUGUAUAUUCAAGCCUAUUAUAAAAGUGAAUAAAACUAUGAACUGAUAAAAUAA